AUGGAGCCUCGGCUGGGGCGACCUCUGUCAGGCUCACGCAAGGGCCGCCGGCGUCGUGGCGGCUCGCGCAAGUCGUCGUCGUCGUCAAAGGCAGAGGCCGAGAGUCGCAACAAUGUGGAGAUUGGCCCGCCAGAGCUGCUCGAGGGCAAGCCGUCAUCGACGUCUACCACCACCGCCAUCGAUGCCAAUGACCCGACGCCCACUCCAAAGCCCGAUGUCGUCUCACCAGACGAUCCGAUGCUUGCUGGCGUGCCCAAGUCGCUGCGGGAGACGCUCAUGCCGUUCCAGCGCAUCGGCGUCAAGUUUGGCAUCCAACUUGGCGGGAGAGUGCUUAUCGCCGACGAGAUGGGCCUCGGCAAGACAAUUCAGGCCAUCGCACUCUCGACCAACUACGCCGGCGACUGGCCGGUCCUCGUCGUCGCGCCGUCGUCGAUGCGCUUUGCAUGGGCCGACGAGGUCGAAAAGUGGGUCCCCGGCCUCACUUCAGACCGCAUCCACGUUAUCAAGUCUGGCAAAGAUCUUGCUGGCGUGGCAAGCGCAGACUUUGUCAUCACCACCUACGGCCUGCUUCUGCAGGACAAGCUAGCCGCCGCCAUCCAUGCCCGCAAGUUCGGCGUCGUCAUCGUCGACGAGUCGCACAUGAUCAAGUCACGGACCGCCAAGCGGACCAAGGCCCUGCUGCCCAUUGCACAGGCCGCCGCCCGCUGCAUCCUGCUCUCCGGCACGCCCUCGCUCGCACGCCCCGAAGAGCUCUACACUCAAGUCUCUGCCAUCCGCCCGGGCAUGUUCGGCUCGUUCUACACAUACGCCCACCGCUACUGCGCCGCCCGCCGCGGCCGCUGGGGCCUCGACACCAAGGGCGCAUCCAACCUCGACGAGCUCCACACCCGCCUCUCCAAGGUCAUGAUCCGCCGCCUCAAGUCGUCGGUCCUCACAGAGCUCCCCGCCAAGCGCCGCACCCGCAUCGCCAUUCCCAUCCCGGCCGCCGCAAAGGCCAAGCUGGCCAAGCUCGAGAAGCUGCUCAACGACGCUGCACCCAACUGGGGUGGCUCCGGCGACGCCGCCGCGCCGGGCCCACCGGGCGCAGGACCCGAGGGCCUCUCCUUUGACUCGCGUCGCGUCUUUAUGGACAUGUACAAGCUCACCGGUGACGCCAAGAUCGAGGGCACUGUUGCCUUUCUCACCGAGUCCAUCCCUCCCUCGACAAAGGUCCUUGUCUUUGCGCACCACCUCGCCGUCCUCGAUGGCAUCGAGCGGUUCUGCGUCAAGGACAAGCGCAAGUACAUCCGCAUCGACGGCGCCACCCCGCCGUCCGAGCGCCACCGCCAGGUCCAGGCCUUCCAGGCCGAUCCGACCAUCACCGUCGCCGUCCUCUCCAUCACCGCCGCUUCGACAGGCAUCACCCUCACGGCCGCCUCGACUGUCGUCUUUGCAGAGCUCUCGUGGACUCCAGGCAUCAUGGAGCAGGCCGAGGACCGCGCGCACCGCAUCGGCCAGCCAUCGUCCGUCUCUUGCUACUACCUCAUCGCCAAAGGCACUUUAGACCCGCGCAUGUGGCGCAUGCUGUCCCGCAAAGUCCGCGUCGUCUCCGCUGCCCUCGAUGGCGCCGCUGCCUCGCUCUCUGUCCCGGCCUCGGUCCGCGUCAAGGUCUCCAUGCCCAAGCCCGAGGCGGGUGGAAGCGAUGGCGACAACGCCACCAUUGACGCCGCUGGCUCUAUCCCACUCCCGCCCUCAUCCGCCGCCCUCCACUCUUCCCACGACCUCCGGUUCAUGUUCCAGCGCUUGGCGGCGCCUCAGCCGGCCCCACAGACAGCCCCCGCUGGCCCUACCGUCAUCGACCUCGCCUCGUCGUCGGCCUCGUCGUCAACGCUUGAGCUCGCCCUACCGCCGCCAUCUGCCGGCCGGACAUCCCCAUCCGCCGCCACCACCGCCGCCGCCUCGUCAGCCUCCUCGGCCUAUACAUUUGCUUCGUCGUCCUCCACCGCUUCCUGUUCCGACUCGGAAGCGGGCUUCCUGGAACGGUCCGGCCCGGCACCGCCGCGACCCAUCAAGGUCCGCCUACCCAAGCCACCGCCUCCCCCGCUGCCUCCGGCACCCUCGACAUUUUACUUUUCUAUCUCACCGCACACCGGCCGCAUCCAGGUCCUCGACGGUCUCAAGAUCGCGCUCGGCGUCUCGCUCUUGCCCACCGCCUCUCUCACUGAGGUCAGCGCCCUGCUAAGCAACAACUCGCCGGCUGCGACCGAGACCCACGCCUUUCUCGCCCGAUGGGCCACGCUCCGCCCGAUCGAGCAGGCAGCUCUCGCCGGCCAAAUAAUCCAGGAUCCGAUUGCUGCCGCAGCUGCUGCCGCCGCCGCAGCAGCACCGACUGGCACCACCGACCGCUGGACCUCAACGACGGCCCCGGCGUCAUCCCCCUCCCCUCCUGAACCGACACUCCUGGACGCAUUUGUUACGCGCUCGCCUGCAGCACCGCCGGCACCUACGCCUCUGCCCGCGCCCGCGCCCACCUCCGCGCCCACCUCCGCGCCCACAGCAGCUCCGGUCGAUCCCAAUCGCUGCGCCUUUUGCGAGACCGAGCGCAAGCUGCCCGACGCCGCCUUCUGCUCGACAAAGUGUCAGCGCGAGAUGCAGGUUCGUGCGAGCUCCACCGCCGUCCGACAGCAGCUGUUCGAGCUCGAGCACGGGGUGUGCGUCAAGUGCGGCGUCGAUGCGCACAAGGUCUACGCCGCCACCAAGGUCCUGCACCCGCACGAUCGCGCCGCCCACAUCCAGGCCUCGCCCUUUGCCAACUGUUCACUGGCAAUGCGGCAGCGAAUGGUCAACGAGCCGUCACCAGGCUUGUUUUGGCAGGCCGACCACAUCGUGCCCGUGGUCGAGGGCGGCGGCCAGUGCUCGCUCUUCAACUACCGCACACUCUGCACUCCAUGCCACGCCGCCGAGACGUCAGUGCUGCGCGACCGCCUCCGCCGUGCCCAGAUGGCAGUAGCCUCGGCCGGCACGGCCGACAUCCGCCACGCCUUUGCUGCUGAGCCUGCCGCGCCAAAGCGCCCACGCGAGCAGCCAGCCUCGUCGCCGUGCCUCCAGGGCAUCGACGCCUUUGCUCGGCCUAGCAAGCGCCGCCGCCCGCUCGUGGUCAUCGACCUCGACUAA